AUGCAUCCGUCGAUACUGGGUUCGUCCGCUGAAUUUUUCAUCAUUUUAUCCUCGGGCGAUGAGGAGGUAAACGUUGAGCACCAUGGUUCCGAGUUCGUCGAGUGUUCAAGUGCAGAAUCUAAGUCACCAAAUAGCGUGCUUGAUCAAGUCUUCGAGGUAACUCAGAUUUCCAAAGGAGUGUUUUUGGCCAAUAUGGAUAACAUUGGAGGUUUCAGGCAUGGUAAUAUGUCCAAAACUGUAAGGAGGAGGAGGAGUAAUAUGAAUCGUCGUCCUUCAAAUGAAUCUCAGUCUCCUCAGGAUGACCAUGAUUCUCUGCCAUCAGAUCACCUCAAUGAUGCCCCAAGUGAUGACAGUGCUGGUCAUGAUGCUAUUCCAUGGAGGAAGAAACUUAAUUUGAAUCAUUGCAUUUCAAGGGCAUCGUAUACUAGCCUUACUGAAGCUGAAACUGUCCUGAAAAACAAUGAUGAAUAUGGAGGAUUUGGAGACCUGAAAGAGCUUAUGAAAUCUAGUGAAGAUGAUCUUGCAGCAGCUAACAACUGGAAGAGCAUGAAAAUGAAAGACAAGAAAACAAGUGAAAUUAUAAGUGGUAACAAUUCCGGGGUAUCAUCAGAUGGAGCUGGAAAUGAAAACAAAGUCAAGAAAGUAAGACUCAAGGUUGGGGGCGUUACACGUACAAUUCAUUCAAAAUCUAGUUCUGAUGGAUCCUCUGUGGCUGGAACUUCUUCAGCUAAGUCUUCAAACACAGAUGCCAUAUAUCCUCAUCAUAAACUAAGUCUUCAGGACAAUUUAUUAAAGGACGGCUCGCCUGUUAGAGAUGAGAAAGGUGGCUUGUUGGGGGUGCCAUGGAAAGAUUUCUCUAGAAGUGGUUUUAGUUUUGGGAGAGUGGGUACUUCCCAAGGAUCGAUCAUGGAAGCUGAUAAAUAUGGGCGAACUCGAGAAAACAAGUAUGUCUCUAGAAAAAGUUCAUUUGAUGAAGCAUCUGAAGAAGAAGAAGACGAUGAUGAAAUUCGGUAUCUUCAAAAGCUCAAAACUUCCCGAAUGUCAGCUUCUCAUAAUACAGAGCAUGGAGUCGAACCAAGGAGCCAGAAACUUAGGAGGAUUUCUGGGGUAAUGGAUAGAGACCUUGAUGGGUAUGAUGUAGGUGUUAGAGACUAUAAUAUUUCGAGUUCAGGCAAAGAGAGUAAGAAACCCAGACCAGAUAGAAUAUCCGAAGACACUGACUAUGCAGAAGAUGAAGAGUCGGUAUCUGAUGGUGAGCUAGAAACCAAGAAUAAGAAACAAUUAAAGGAGUCAUUUGAAGUCUCGGUAUCCUCUAAGGGGGAAAGGGCAAUAACUACACGCCGGCAGGCCCUUCAAAAGGGUAGAGACAUCUCCAUGAGUUCGGAUGCGAAUUUUAUUGAGUUUCCAAACGGGUUACCUCCCGCCCCUCCAAGAAAGCAAAAGGAGAAACUUUCUGAAAUGGAACAUCAACUUAAAAGAGCUGAGGCUGCUCAAAGGCGUAGGAUUCAAAAUGAGAAGGCUGCUCGUGAGUCUGAGGCCGAAGCAAUUAGGAAAAUCCUGGGUCAAGAUUCCAGUAGAAAACGACGAGAAGAGAAAAUUAAGAAACGGAAAGAGCAGUUAGCACAGGAGAGGGCUGCCAAUGCUACUGUUGCAUCAAAUGUUGUUAGAUGGGUCAUGGGUCCUUCAGGGACAACUGUGACAUUUCCCGACGAUAUUGGCCUCCCAAGUAUAUUUGAAUCCAAGCAUUCCAGCUUCUCGUUAUUAAAAAAGAAUACCAAUGCAGUUUCUAGCUCCGACCGGGUUUUUAUUCUUGCUACAUUCACUGAAUAUGUUCUCGAGACAAAUGAUGCUAUCUGA